CACACGCGCGAACGCGCGCACACACACUGAGUCAACGAAAGCAACCUGCCUACUACUUUUGGGGACACUGAAGUCUGACUCUCGUAUGUACAACUGUUGACUUUUCCUCUGGCUGAUGAGGCACGGGACGCUCAAAAAGUGGCAUGUGAAUUCAUGUCGACUAGCAAGGCACGCAGAACGCACUGAUACAAUGUAAACGCGUUGAAGAAUAAAUCCGCUGAGCUCUCAGUGAUUUACACCCAUUUAACCGGACCUUCAAGUCCUUCAGAAGGGAUAUAUGUUGGGUAAAGGGGCAAAGCGGAAACUAGAUGAGGAUGAAGAGGGGCUGGAAGGCAAAGCGUUGGCGGCAGGGGCCGGAGCCGAAGGUCUGUCCAAGGUCUCCUACACCCUGCAGAGACAGACUAUCUUCAACAUGUCUCUAAUGAAGCUGUACAACCACCGGGCGGUCACCGAGCCCAGCCUGGAAAAACGUGUGCUUAUAAACAACAUGCUGAGGCGCAUCCAGGAUGAACUGAAGCAAGAGGGCAACCUGCGACCGCUCUUUUUCCCACCUUCCCCUCCACCUGAUGACCCAGUAGAUGAAAGUUUCCGCGAGCCACAGCCUGCUUUCAGCGUGUUGUCCAUGGUGGCGCCCCCCAUCUCCCAGUCCCCGGCUCUCUCCGCUUCGGUUCCGACAUCCCCUUCUUCAAACCCAGCGCCUCUGGAGGCCUGUCUUACCCCGGCCUCUCUUUUAGAGGAGGACAGUGUCUCCCUUUGCACAUCACCCUCUCCACUCGCUCUCCCUGCUCCUACAUCAAGACUCUCUCCAUCUGUGGCCAGAGAUAGCUUCUCUUCAGCCCUGGAUGAGAUUGAGGAGCUCUGUCCUUCACCUUUACCUACGGCUACAUCAGCGCCCGGUGCUACCUCCCCCUUGCCUCUCCAGUUGUGUCCCCCCAGCUUAAACUCAGGGGCCUUGGACUCCAAAGACUGCAGUAAGCCCUGCAGCCCGAAGCUUGAAGGGCUGGUCCCGCUGGCAGAGGAACGUUCGGCGGUCCCCAACACACCAGAGACUCUUCCUCCUAACAGCCUGGACAUGAGCACCUCUCCGUCAGCCUCGUCAUCUGGAUUUCUGACGGACUUGGCCCUGGAUGACAUCCUCUUUGCAGACAUUGACACCUCUAUGUACGACUUUGACCCCUGCACCUCAUCCUCAGGUGCAGCACCAUCGAAACUGGCGCCCAUGGUGACUGCGGAUGAGCUCCUCAAGACUCUUUCGCCGUACAGUGGUGCCGCUCCUGCUGUUAGCUCCAACCAGCCUUUCAAAAUGGACCUCACUGAACUGGACCAUAUCAUGGAGGUGCUUGUGGGAUCGUGACCGGGGUUUGGAAGGGAACUCUCUCGGGGGAGGAAAUGCAAAUCCAAUCAAAGAGUUUUUAAUGCAAACGGAACAAAACUGAAGAAUUACUUUGUGAGUGUUUGGGGUUUUUUUGUACAGGUUUGUUUUGUUUUUAAAGACAAAUGUCCAUUUUAAUAGUGAUGUUGCCCAGUACUACUUCUCAACACUGUGCAUGCACUGUGCUUGCCUUUCCCAAAAAAAUGAACAUGAGGAAAUCUUAUGGAACACAUUUUGGAUUCUGGCCGAUCCGAGUGCCUUCAUCAUUUAUGACCACUUGGUAAAUUCCUGUUUGUUUGUCUCGUCUUUUUAUUUCCUCGUCAUUUCUAAUCGAACAAGAUGGAUUAUCAGCUGUACUGUCUCUCUUUCCCCUUCUCAGCAUACAGGUGCAAGAAUGUGCAACGGCAGCCUUGUUUUCGUGUUCAUUUUUACAAAGCACAAUGAUUUUAAAAGCAGAAUGUUGGUGUUUUAUGUUUAUGUGGUGUUUUUUCUGUUUAGAGCUGUUUUAUUGCUUUUUAGUAAUAUUUAAAAUAGGCUGUUGAUAUGUGGUCAUCUAUUCAUUGAAUUGUUUGUCCGCUUCUGCUUAAAGGGGUAGUUCAUCGUUUACUCAACCUCCAUCCAAGCCUGUAUGAGUUUCUUUCUUCUGUGGGAUUUAAAGUAUAUAUUCAGUCGAGCCUAAAAUUAUUCAGACCCCUUGCAAAUUCCUAUUUGGUUACUUUUAUUCAACCAGCAAGUUCAUUUGACCAGAAAUGACACAGGAUUCUUUUAAAAGAUAAUAAAAAGAUUUACAAGAGGCGUCAUUGUAUAAAAAAUAUUUCUUAGCUUUUAUAAACAAAAAGUGGCAGUCAGAAUUUGCCAGGGGUAUAAAUAGUAUCAGGCUGGACUAUAUGACUAGAAGAGACUAUGGACUAUGGCGCAAAAGCAGGGCGUGUCCAAAUCCACUUUUGCUAUUUUAAGGAUGGAAAAAUACGCUCUGCGCCCUGGUGCAUGGUCUAAAAGGGUUGUGCUUAUUCUCUUAUCGAGUUAUGGGUGUGUUUUGAGCAUAACAUACAUUAAAUCAAUCAGAGUCCCUGUCUGCAGAGUCUGCAGUGCGAGGAUAAAGAACGAGCCUCCUCCAUUCGGCCUCUUUACUUUCUCUUUACUUUACUUAUACUCUUUCCUUUACUCCUUUACUUUAUGGAUAAGGAAACGGUGUUACGCACUUUACGAAAGACAUCCAUUAACCUACAUAUUUAAUUUUGUUUGUUAAGUACAAAGAUUUGAUUCAAAACUAUUUCUAAAUUCAGUUCUAAUUUCCAGCAAACGAAUAAAUGAACAAUAAUUAUAUCCAAACACGCGUCCUAUUCUUAUGCCCCAUAUGGUGAUGCAUACGUCUCCAAAACCCAACAGAUGGAUAAAUAUAAAAAUGCUUAUAUAAUACAAAUAUAUAAAAUGCUAAUUGUCAUGAAUAAACUGAAAAAAGCCAUCUAAGAUAAGGCAUAGAGGCAGUGGUUUUUUUAUUUAUGUAGAAAAUAAUAAUUUUUCUAACAUUUUAAUCCUCUAAUUUAAAGACAUUUGUGUAUUGCUGUACAUUCUGUGUGUAUUAAGCAAUGUGAACACAUU